AUGUCAGAGAUUUCCCUCGGAAAGUACUUGUUCGAACGCUUGCACCAAUUGGACUGCAACACCAUUUUCGGGGUCCCCGGUGACUUCAACCUUGCUCUCUUGGAUCUGGUCUAUGAAGUCCCAGGAAUGAGAUGGGCGGGUAACGCCAACGAGCUUAACGCUGCUUACGCCGCUGAUGGCUACCUGCGUAUCAAGAAGCUUGGUUGUGUUGUGACCACCUUCGGUGUUGGUGAGCUCUCGGCCAUCAACGGGGUCGCGGGGUCGUUUGCUGAACACGUCGGUGUCGUCCAUGUGGUGGGUGUACCCCUGAUUGCUGCCCAAGCCAAACAGUUGUUGUUGCACCACACCUUGGGUAACGGUGACUUUACUGUGUUUAAGAGAAUGCUGCAAAACAUCAGUCAGACGCUGGUGAUCUUGCUGGACCUUUCCACCGCUCCCAGAGAAAUCGACCGCUGCUUGCGUGAGUGCUACUUGCACCAAAGACCAGUCUACAUCGGCUUGCCUGCCAACUUAGCUGACGGCAAAGUGCUGGGCGAGCUUCUCAACACCCCCAUCGACCUCAAUUUGAACCCUAACGACCCCGAAUCACAAGAUGAAAUCUUGGAAACCAUUAUGCAACUUGUUGAAAAUGCGAAGAAACCAAUCAUCCUCGUCGAUGCCUGCGCUUCCCGCCAUCAAUGCCAAGAGGAGACCCGUCGACUCGUGGAAGUAACUCAAUUCCCGGUUUACUCGUCGCCUAUGGGUAAGCUGACUAUUGAUGAACUGUGCCCUCGCUUCGGUGGUGUGUACGUUGGUGAAUUGUCGCUUCCCCCGAUCCGUGCCGAAGUUGAACUGGCGGAUCUUGUGUUCAGUGUUGGUGCUCUCAUGCUGGAUUUCAACACCGGGCUGUUCUCGUACCACAUGAACACCCGUAACGUGAUUGAAUUCCACUCGGACUACACCAAGAUCCGCCUGGCCACCUUCCCUGGCAUCCAAAUGAAGGAACUCUUGCAAAAGAUUUGCGAAACUAUCCCGAAACACAUCCCCAAGCUGUACGUGCCGCCCACUUUAGCUCCGUUCACGCUCCAACCCGAAACGCUCAAGCAAGAUGAGCCUCUCACUCAGGAAUACUUAUGGGCCACUGUGGGUUCGUGGUUCCAAGAAGGUGACAUCAUCAUUACCGAAACGGGUACCCUGGCCUUUGGUAUCAUCCAAGCCAAAUUCCCCAACAACACCAUUGGUAUCUCGCAAGUCUUGUGGGGGUCGAUCGGUUACACUGUGGGCUCCUUCUGUGGGGCGGCCAUGGCCGCUGCGGAACUCAAGACUCCUCGCAGAGUCAUCUUGUUUGUCGGUGAUGGGUCGCUUCAAUUGACUGUGCAAGAGAUCUCCACGAUUUGCAAGUGGGAAUGCAACAACACUUACAUGUUCGUGCUUAAUAAUGACGGGUACACUAUCGAACGGCUCAUUCACGGACCUAAGGCCAACUACAACGAUAUCCAACCGUGGAAAAACCAAAAGCUUUUGGACGUAUUCAAUGCUAAGGAGUCUGAAACCCGUGAAGUCAGAACUCGAGCUCAACUCGACGAAUUGUUCGCCGACAAGCAGUUCGCCAAGGCCGACAAAAUCCGUCUUGUUGAAGUGUUCUUGGGCAAGAUGGAUGCCCCGAAGAAUUUGGUGGGCCAAGCCCAAUUGAGUGAGAAGUUGAACUCCGAAUUAUAA